GGCACUUCCGGGAUGGAGGCUGCCCUCCCCCCGGCACGUGACGCGGUGCCCACUGUCAUGUGACCUGCGGCGGCGCCGGGCUGGAGGCCAUGGCCGCCCCCCGCCCCCCCAGGGUGGUGCCGGGCGAAGCCUCCGAGAGCGACUCGGAGCCGGAGCUGCUGGGGGGGGCGACCGGGGGGGUCCCCGGGGCCGGGCUGAAGGUGCCGGGUGAAGCCUCUGAGACCGAAGAAGAGGAGGAGGAGGAGGAGGAGGGGGGUGAGAGGCCGAAGCCCCCCCCGUUGCUGGCAGAGGAGCCGGCGGUGGUUUGGGGGGGCCGGGGGGGCCCCUCACUGCUGCAGCAGCGGCUGUGGGAGGGCUCGGGGCGGCUGCGGGGGGCGGUGGGCAGCGCCCUGCGGCAGAGCUACGGCAGCGCCGCCCGGCACCUUGGGGGGCUGGGGGGGGCCCUGGGCCGGGCACAGGCCACCGCCGCCGCCGCUGCCCACUGCCUGCGCCUGGCUCGUCGUGACCUGCGCGCCGUGGCCGCCACCGUCGACAUUGUCACCGCCUGCCGCCUCCUGCCCGACAUCCGCCUGCCCGCGCUCUGAGCGAUGACGCCGGGGCCUGGCACCCGCCGCCCCCGGCCUCUCUGCCGCUGGCACCCCCCGGCAGCGUCACUGUCUGUCACCGUCUGCCGGACAGCACGGGCAGCAGCAUCCUCAUGGCGUCACCAGCAUCACCGCAUGGCAUCGCCAGCGUCCUCGUGGCGUCACCGGCAUCCUCGUAGCGUCACCCCGUGGUGUCACCGGCAUCCUCAUGGCGUCACCAGCAUCACCGCAUGGCAUCGCCAGCGUCCUCGUGGCGUUACCGGCAUCCUCCUGGCAUCGCAAGCUGGCAUCAUCCGCAUCACCACGUGGCCUCACCAGUGUCCUCCUGGCAUCACCGACAUCCUCAUAGUGUCACCACAUGGUGUCACCAGCAUCCUCGUGGCACCGCCGGCGCUGUAGGCAGCGGCAUCCUCGUGGCAUCACCAGCGUUUUCGUGGCGCUACUGGCAUUCUCAUGGUGUCACUGGCACCGUGUUCUCUGUGGCAGGGUGGUCACCGCGGGCGUUGUCACCGCAGCACCCUCCCGAGGGUACGGUUGUGGUGGCACCGUCACCGAGUCGUGGCUCCAGCACCCCACGCUGUCCCCAGGACCUUUGUGCCGUGGUGGCAGCAUCGUCACCGGUGUGGCCAUGGUGGCACGAAAUGUGGCUUCGGCGCGAGAGACUGGCCGCCCGGACCCCCAGCACCUCCGUGCUCUGGUGGCAUUGUCACUGGUGGCCUCGUGGCUGGCUGCCAGCGUCACUGAACUGUGGCCCUGGGCUGGCUCCAGCCACCGUUGUCCCAAAACGCCACCAUUUUGUAUGACAUGGAGCUGAAUAAAAUGUGGCACAGCUACA